AUGAAGUUAAGGGAUGGGUCUUCUAGUAGUGGACCCAUCCUCAUUACCUCAUUACCUCAUUACUGCAAGUCGUUGGCGCCGAUACUACCGGUAGCUAGCUACGCUACAGUUAGUUGUCUAUGUUUACAUUGCUGGCCUCCGAGUCAUUGUCGGGCCCAAAGGCACCACUCGUCAUUUCUGGUGCCCACAGAAGGCUGCUGCAAGUUGUCUGUUUUCCCGAAUGGCUUAGUCCGCCACGGGCAAACCAGUUCUUGGAGCCAACCAAAACUUUAUAUCAGACGGCAACAUGGCCAUCUGUUCCUCAAGUGGUCUCCAGUGAAUUGA